CGCCCAUGCGAGGGAAACAGAACAAAAACGAGGGCUGUACCUCAGUGGUUUCGAAGAAAGGAACGGUUUUGAUUUUCUAUAAAGACGGUUUUCUCCUAAAGCUCUUUGUGAAACGAAGGAGGGGAAAGCAGACAUGUGCGCAGACAUGAACAAGACUUUCCUGUGUAACGACACCGCAAUGAAAGUUGUGGUGGCUGGAGAGGCUCUCCCGUGGAUGGAGACCAACUUUCCAGAGCGCAAUGUCAGCCUGGGGCUCUCCACCACCCCUCUGGACUUCCCCAUCAACCCGUGGGAUAUCAUGCUUUGCAUGUCGGGCACUGUCAUCGCCUGCGAGAACGCCAUCGUGGUGGCUAUCAUCUUCUAUACGCCAACCCUGCGCACACCCAUGUUCGUGCUCGUAGGAAGCCUAGCCACAGCGGAUUUACUGGCAGGCAUGGGAUUAAUCCUCAACUUCGUGUUCCAGUACGUCCUCUCCUCAGAGACUAUUAGCCUUAUUACUGUUGGGUUCCUAGUGGCCUCCUUCACGGCGUCCAUAAGCAGCCUGCUGGCUAUAACAGUGGACCGGUACUUCUCUUUAUACAACGCACUGACUUACUUCUCAGAGAAGACGCUCCACUACGUGCACCUGAUGCUAGUGAGCACAUGGGGCGUGUCUCUGUGCCUGGGCCUGCUGCCUGUGCUAGGCUGGAACUGCCUGGACGACCCAAGCUUGUGUAGCAUCGUGCGCCCACUCACUCGCAGCAAUGUGACAUUGUUGGCGGUCUCUUUCUUCAUAAUCUUCAUACUCAUGCUGACCCUCUACUUCAAGAUCUGCAAGAUCGUGUGCCGCCACGCGCACCAGAUCGCUCUUCAACAGCACUUCUUCACCACAUCGCACUACGUGGCCACCAAGAAGGGUGUGGCCACGCUCGCCAUCAUCCUAGGCACCUUCGGCUCGAGCUGGCUACCCUUCGCCAUCUACUGCCUGGUGGGAGAGCGCGAAUACCCGUCGGUAUACACAUAUGCCACGCUGCUUCCGGCCACCUACAACUCCAUGAUCAACCCAAUCAUCUACGCCUACCGUAAUGCCGAGAUCCAGCGCUCGCUCUACGUCCUCUUCUGCGGCUGCUUUCAGAGCAACGUAGCCACCCACUCCAGGUCACCCAGUGAAGUUUAGAGGGGUGCUGAGUGAACGUAAGUGUGUGUGUACGUGUGCAUGUUGACAACCGACAAUUCGCUUUCAGUUGACUAUUAAAUCCUUUAAACGAAAUGUAUGUCUAACAAGCAUCUGCACUUUAUUGCGACUGAAGACAAGGACACAGUAUGUCUGAAAUGCUGUGAACAACAGCUUUUGUAAAGAAAAAAAAUAAUGACAUUAUGUAUUUAUAUGAUCAAAGAAUGAAAAAACUAGCACUUUAUUGAAUGUAUUUGAAAUGCCAAAGCAGUAUUGCAUAGGCCUAUAUAUGUUGGUGUUAUUUGCUACUUUGUAUUUGUCAGUACUGUGGGUAAUUUUUGAUUUUGUUAAGUUGUCUAUUUGAUUGUACAUUUUAUACGAGAUGAGUAUAUGAAUAAAAUGAGAAAAUAAGUGUGCGCCUCGUGUUUCUGCCACAUGUUUCUCUGUAAGUGUUAUUUUGCCGCACCUGGGUUGUUUUCUUUUUUUGCUCAGCAUCUUCCUGUCUUCCAACUCAGGGGCGUCAAUUGGGUAUGGCAGAGUAUGGAAGUCUCUAUACCCUAGCUCAACACCAACAAUUUAAAUUAGGCUACCAAAGUCUUAGGCUACCAAAACUUAAAUUAGGCUACCGAAACAUUUUUCUCAAAAUACUGCAGAGGUGGAAGAUGGUUGUAGAUGGCUAGGUAACUGCUGUUUGACUUGACAUGAAACUAGAGUUUUUAAUCCAUCUCGGUGCUGAGGUAGUGCGUAAUGUAUCAGCUAAUUUUGACGUGUUUGUAGAAUGUUUAUCGACUGAGGUGAGUGAAGCUACAGCAGGAAGAUGAUAAUGUAAGGAUUACAUAGUGAAAGUCUACAUACCCCCUUGCAAAGUCUUCACAUUUCGGUGCCUUCAUCUUAAAAGGGAUUAUUUGCGUUAUUUUCCAUACCGAUCUACACAUUCUACCCCACAUUUUCAAAGUGAAUGACAAUUUCUUUAACAUUUUUUAAAUGAAUAAUAAUUUUAAAAACCUUGAUUGUGUAUGUCUUCACACCCCAGAGUUAAAACUUGGUGUAAGCACCUUUGGCAGCCCUAAGAGCUGUGAAUAAUUCUGAACAAGAUUUUACCAACAUUGCGCAACUCUUAGAAUAUACAUAAUAAUACAUAAUUAAUUAAUAACAUACAUAAUUUCUUUGUCAAAAUUGCUCAAGCUCAGUAAAUUUGGAUCAGAAUCAUUGACGGAGAGCAAUAUUCAAACCUUAAGCACAUUUGAGUCAGGACUGAGACUGGACCAGGACCACUUAGGAACGAACACUCAACACCUCUUGGCAAGCUAUUCUGGUGUGUCUUUGGCAUUAAAUGUUUUGUUAUUGUCCAGCUGUGAAAUAACACUCUAUCCCAGGGUUUUUAGAAGACUGAGGCAGGGUUUUCAGAAGACUGAGGCAGGGUUUUCAGAAGACUGAGGCAGGUUUUCCUCUAACCUGGGCUUUGUUCCUUUGAUAUUUCUUUUGAUCCUGACAAACUCCCCAGUCCCUGCUGGUGACAAGCAUACGCAAAAACAUGAUGCCACCACCACAAUUCUUGAAAAUACAGUGGGUUUCAGGAUGUGUUGUGUUGAAUUGGAUUUGACCCAAACCUGUAAUUAUUUUUUAAAUUUAAUUUUCUAUUGGAUAACAAUUUGUUCUUAACCAAGACAAAAAAAUAUAUAACAGACUUUUUCCUGCAUAACAUAGGUACAGCAGAGCCCCUCGUUGCAUGGGAGACUUUCAAAUGUGCCUUCAGAGGUCAUGCAAAUAAAUACUAAUCUUUAAAAUGAAAACAUUUUAAGUCAAAAGAGAUAGAGGCCCGAACAAAGGAAAAGGAGGAACUAGCCAAGCAGAUGGAUGGCAAUAACACUGUACUAUAGAGGCACAGAAUAAGUUAGAGGAAAAACUAAAAUAACUGUAGCAACGAUCAAGAACGAUUAAGUAUCACACUUUUAUUACAUAUUCAUUACAACGUAAAGCAAGCUUGAUGGAAAAUUGUGAAAAAUGCACCACAUUGUUGGUAACACUUUACUUGACACUCAGUGGCAUAACACGUUAUGACACAGUCAUAACAAUGUCAUAAUAUGUCAUAACAGCUGACAUAACUUGUCAUUACCCGUCAUAAUAUGGUCAUAACAUUGUCAUGACCCAUAUAUUUACAACUGUUGUGACAUAUAUUGCAUUAUUUUACGGCUGGUUAUGACACCUACAUCAGAGUGUCAAAACCCACAUUUAUUCCCCUCCCAAAAAUCCCUGCCAAGAAGUUUCCUUUCGUUUAAAAGUUUGUUUCUUAAAUCCUUUGUUGGUGUUGUUAUGAAUUCUUUACAUAUUUUAAAUAGCUUGUAGAAAAUACACAUUUACCGUCACUUUAGUUGGACUAAGAAAAUACACGUUAUGACACUGUCAAGAAGCAUUAUCACCAUCGUAAUCAUAUAAGCCAGAUAGGCCUAUCACUUACAUGCCCAUCUAUCAGUUAUCAGUCAAAAGGAGGGUGUCUUGUCCUGCUCCUGAUAUCUGCUUCUUCAUUCAUCUCAGUCAUCAGCAACCGAGCAAUGGGUUAGGU